AUGGUUGAUCCCGCACGAGCGCCCGCGAGCAGCAUCGGGCUCUCGUUCACCGGCCUUCUCUGGUCGAUUCCUUCCGUUGCAGUUCAGCCGAAAGACGCGUGCAAGCUCUUCUGCCAGGUCUCGGACUCCAACGCGUACUACCUGCUCCAGGACAAGGUGAUCGACGGGACGACCUGCGGCCCGGACACCAACGACAUCUGCGUGAACGGGAUCUGCAAGCCGGCCGGAUGCGACCACAUCCUGGACUCGAACAAGCAGACAGGUCUCGCGUUUCCCGUUUCGCAACCGGGGAUCCCGGUUUCCCCCGUUUUGGCUCGUAGUCCGAUGGCAUCGAUUAGAUUGGUGCUUUGCACUGGUUUCGAGUUUGAGGCUAGAUCUAAUUUUUAA